AUGGUUCAGAACAAAGGCAUCAUCUUCAAGGAGAUCCCCACCGGAUGGCCCGAGCCUGGCAAGCACUUGGCUAUUGAGGCCCGCGACUUCGAUCUCGAGCAAGCACCACCAGAGGGCGGCAUGACCGUCAAGACCUACUAUGCAUCCUUCGACCCGUACCAGCGCGGCCGCAUGCGUGACCCCAGCAUCAAAUCCUACUCAGCUCCUUUCCAACUCGGCAAGCCCAUCACCAACCGCACAAUCAUGAAAGUCCUCAAGUCCAACUCAGACAAGUAUCAACCCGGCGAUGUCGUCAUCUCUGCUGGUGUGUCAGCAAUUGAGGAGUAUACCGCACUAAGCAAAGAGGAGGUCCAGCAAGUGCGAAAACUGGAGAACCCGCUCAACCUGGACCCUAAGCACUUCCUCGGUGCCCUCGGCAUGCCCGGACUCACCGCCUGGUCCUCUUUCUACGAAAUCGGCCAGCCGAAGAAGGGAGAGACUAUCUUCAUCUCUGCGGCGUCGGGAGCGGUUGGCCAGCUCGUUGGACAGCUUGCUAAGCACGAAGGCUUGAAGGUUGUCGGCAGCGUUGGCAGCGACGACAAAUUGGAGUUCAUUACCAAGGAAUUGGGCUUUGAUGCGGGUUUCAAUUACAAGAAAGAGAAGCCUAGUGAGGCGCUGAAGCGUCUUGCACCCAACGGUGUCGACAUCUACUACGAGAACGUUGGUGGCGAGCAACUAGAGGCUGCCAUUACUGCUAUGAACGACUUUGGACGCAUUGUCGCAUGCGGAAUGAUCUCGCAGUACAACCUUCCCCCCGGAGAGCAGUACCCUAUCCGCAACCUCAUGCAGGUUGUGUCCAAGCGUCUCACCAUGCGCGGUUUCAUUGUUAGCGACGCGAACAUGGGCCCCAAGCACUACCAGGACCACCAGCAGAAGCUACAAAAGUGGCUGGCUAAUGGCGAGUUCAAGGCGAAGCUCAGCGUCACGGAGGGUAUUGACAACGGAAUUGACGGCUUCCUCGGUAUGCUGAAGGGCGCCAACUUCGGUAAGGCGAUCCUGCAGCUUGCAGACCUUACCAAGGAGUAA